AUGGCGACCAAGACAAGCACCACCACAGUGACGGACGAGAAAAUGGCGGCGACCAAGACAUACACGCACAUCUCGGAACAGCCCAUGACAUGGUCCAACUGGUAUCAGCAUAUCGACUGGUUCAAGACGGGACUGCUGGUCUUCAUUCCCCUGGUGGCCUGCUACUGGGCCUACUACACGCCACUGCAGCGUCCCACCCUCAUUUUUUCCGUUCUGCUGCACCUCUGGGCCGGCAUUGGCAUCACGGCGGGAUAUCACAGGCUCUGGUCUCACAGGUCGUACACGGCGACCCUGCCCCUCCAGCUGUUCCUUGGCUUCGGUGGCGCAAGCGCCCUCGAGGGCUCGAUCCGAUAUUGGAGUUGGGGCCACCGGGCACACCAUAGGUUCACCGACACCGAGAAGGACCCCUACACCGUCAGCAAAGGCCUGUGGCACGCACACAUGGGGUGGCUGUUACUGCGCCAGGAUUACAAGAAGCAUGGCCGGACCGAUAUCUCCGACCUGAGCAACGACCCUUUCGUUGUCUGGCAGCACAAGCACUACGCCGCGAUAUCCAUCUUCUUCGCCUGGGUGAUGCCGACAUUGGUCGCUGGUCUCGGCUGGGGUGAUUGGAAAGGCGGACUGAUCUACGCUGGAGUUCUCCGCGUUGUCACCGUCCAACAGAGCUCGUUCACCAUCAACAGCUUGGGCCACUACUUGGGCGACCAGCCCUUUGACGACAGGCACUCUCCGCGAGACCAUUGGAUCUCGUCUCUCUUCAGCUUGGGCGAGGGAUACCACAACUUCCACCACGAGUUUCCCACCGACUACCGCAACACUACUCGGUGGUUGACGUACGACCCCAAUAAGUGGUGCAUCAACACAUGGAAAUGGCUGGGUCUGGCAAGUGACCUGAGGACUUUCUCGCAGAAUGAGAUCGACAAGGGCAGGCUUCAGCAGGAGCAGAAGAAGCUGGACCGCAAGCUCGGCCGCCUGGACUGGGGCAGGCCGGUGCAUGGCCUGCCGGUCAUGGAGUGGGACGAGUUCCUGGAGGCGUCGCAGAGCCGGGCGCUCAUCGCCGUGGCGGGGCUUGCCCAUGACGUGACGGACUUCAUCGACGAGCACCCGGGCGGCAAGGCGCUGAUCGCCUCGGCCAUCGGCCGCGACGCGACGGCCCUGUUCAACGGCGGCGUGUACGACCACUCGAAUGCCGCGCGCAACCUGCUGGCCAAGUACCGCGUCGGCAUCAUCCGCGGCGGCGGCGAGGUCGAGAUCUGGAAGCAGCGCGCCGUGCAGCGGCUCGACAAGAUUCGGGACUACGACUACUCCAUCGUCGGCAAGGCCCUCCCGGCCAAGAUCUACACCGACUGA